AUGUCCCAAUUCUUGACAGAAUACUUCGUCUCGGGCUUCACCGUCAUUCUCCCAACACUGAUCAGAGAGCUCGACAUCCCGCAGGCAGCCAGCGUAUGGCCAGCGACCGCCUUCUCUCUUGUUAUCGCCAGUACCUUACUCGUUUUUGGCCGGCUGGGCGAUAUGUGGGGUGGAUAUCCCGUCUUCAUAUGGGGUCUUGCCUGGCUUCUUGCCUGGAGCAUAAUAGCCGGGUUCAGCAUCAAUCCGCUGAUGCUUGACUUCUGCCGGGCUCUCCAAGGGCUAGGGGCUGCGGCGUUCUUACCUACUGGUGUUAUGCUGAUGGGUUACUUGUAUCGUCCUGGGCCACGCAAAAACCUCGUCUUUGCAGUAUACGGCACUUCAGCGGUAUUAGGAUUUUUUGGUGGCAUUCUCGUGGCAGGGAUCGUGGGGCAAUUCAAGCGCUGGGGCUUUUACUUCUGGAUCGGGGCCAUUCUGACGGCAAUUACGCUGUUAACUUCAGUCUUGUCUAUUCCGCGUCCUCAUUCAAAGGAUCAACCCGCGAAAGACCAACCCCCAACCAAAGCCAAAAUGGACUACCCCGGCGCCAUCACGAUUGUCUGUGGCCUCACUCUAGUGGUGUUUUCCAUCUUGCAAUCAGCACACGCCCCUGCAGGUUGGAGAACGCCAUAUAUUCCAAUCUGUCUCAUACUUGGUGUCGCGUCACUCCUUGCGGCAGUCUACAUCGAAAUGCGCAUCUCUGCUCAGCCUCUCUUGCCAGCUUCGAUCUUCACUACACCUUGCAUGAGCCCUCUCCUGUUGGCUCUCUUUCUGCUUUACGGCACAUGGGGCAUCUUCUCUGUCUACGGCACACUCUACUUCCAGAACAUCAUGUCUGCCAGUCCGUUGCAGGUGGUAGCGUGGUAUGUGCCUCUCGGUGUUGCAGGCCUCAUUCUCAGCAUCAUCGAAGGCUUCAUUUUGCACCUGGUUCCAGGGCGUGCGCUGUUGAUCAUUUCCGGUCUAGGAGCCGUAGGGUCACAACUUCUCAUAGCUCUGAUUCCCCUUGGGGGAAGUUAUUGGGCAUGGGUCUUCCCUGCAGUCAUCUUCAGCACCGUGGGAAUCGAUCUGUCUACGAUCUUGAUGACAGUUUUCGUGACCACAACCUUUCCUACAUCACAGCAGGGGCUGGCUGGAAGUGUUGUUAAUUCUGUACUGCAGCUAGGUGUAGCUUUCGUUCUUGCUCUGACGGACAUCAUCCAGUCAGCAACGGUAGAUGAAGAAGGAUUGGGGAAGAGUUACAAGAACACAUUCUGGUUUGGAGUGGGUGCUGCAGCCACGAGCUUGUUAAUUCUGGCGAUCUGGGGAAAGGUACCUAAGGCUAGUAGUGAUUUGACCGCGGACGAGAAGGCUGAACUCCUCAAAGAGGCAAUGGCUGAGCACGAAAGGCAAUCGGCCAACAGAGAUGGUACUCCGCGAGGUGCAUGA